ACUUUAUUUUUUUAUCUUUUUUUUUUAUUUUAUAUUUUUAUUUUUAAUAGUAAAAUAUGACUAUUCAAACUGAAACAUUAUCUCAAGUCGAAACAUUGAAAACCAAAUAUGAACAAGCUGGACAAGGACAAGUAUUUCAGUUUUAUGAUGAACUCAAUGUAGAAGAAAAGGCUAGACUUAUGGAACAGUUAUUGGAAAUUGAUGUUGAACGUGUGAACAGUAUUUAUCAAAAGGCCAUUCAAGCUAGUACUGUCUCUCAUCAUAAUGAACAAGUAGAACCAUUGACUAAAGAUGUUUUCGACACCAUAUUGACUGAUGACGAACAACCAACAAAUAGUCGUAAGCGAAAAUACAAGGAUAUUCAAGACUGGGAAACUUUGGGAUUAUCAUUGAUUGCAAAGAACCAAGUGGCUGUGAUCUUAAUGGCAGGUGGUCAAGGUACAAGAUUAGGUUCUAGUGCACCAAAAGGUUGUUAUGAUAUCAAUUUACCUUCCAAAAAGUCUCUCUUCCAAUUACAAGCUGAACGUAUCCUUCGUCUUCAAGAAGUCGCUCAACAAUAUGCUUUACCACAACAACAAAAGGUUAUCAUCCCUUGGUAUAUCAUGACUUCUGGUCCUACACAUCAACCUACUGUCGACUUUUUUAAACAACAUCAAUUUUUCGGUUUGGAUGAAAAGAAUAUCACUUUCUUUGAACAAGGCACUUUGCCCUGUUUGACAAUGGAUGGCAAGAUUAUUAUGGAAUCUAAAGGGAAGGUAGCCAUUGCACCCGAUGGAAAUGGUGGUAUUUACGCAGCAGUACAAAACAAGGGUGUGAUUGAAGAUUUGAAACGUCGUGGGAUCCUUUAUACACAUUGUUAUUGUGUUGACAACUGUCUUGCAAAGGUGGCCGAUCCAGUAUUUGUGGGAUAUUGUGUCUCUAAGGAAACUGAUUGUGGUGUCAAGGUGGUUCGCAAAACAAAACCAGAUGAACCAGUAGGUGUAGUAUGUCGUCGUGGUGGUCGCUAUGGUGUUGUGGAAUAUUCUGAAAUCUCCAAAGAACUUUCUGAAAAACGUGAUCCUGAAGAUGGUGGUUUGAUGCUACGAGCUGCCAAUAUUGUCAAUCAUUUCUUCUCUACGGCUUUCUUGGAACGUGUACCCGAAUUUGCUGGUGAACUUGAAUAUCAUAUUGCCAAAAAGAAGAUCAAACAUGUGGAUAUAUCAACUGGUGAAACUGUGGUUCCCACUUCCAACAGUGGAAUGAAGUUGGAAUGUUUUGUGUUUGACGUGUUUCCAUUUUCCCAACAUUUCUCUGUGCUUGAAGUGGAUCGUAAGGAAGAAUUCUCCCCAUUGAAAAAUGCUCCUGGUACUGGUGUGGAUUGUCCAGAAACAUCUCGUCGUGAUCUUAUUUCUCAACAUAUCCGUUUUGUUCAAGCUGCCGGUGGUACUGUUAAAGGCGUACCUUCUCAUAUCACUGAUGCCUCUCAGAUCCCUGAUGAUUGUCAUUUGGAAAUUUCUCCCUGGGUCUCUUAUGCUGGUGAAGGUUUAUCGGAUGUUGUCAAUGGCAAGGUUGUGGUCACUCCUGCAGUCAUUGAGACUCGUCAAGAUUUGAUCAAAGUUACUCAUCAUUAGAGGACAUGGAAACGAACAUAGCUAGUGAAAUUUUUUUUUUAUUUUAGAUUCAAUGAUUAUAUCCAGGAUUCCAUUAGCUAGAUGAUAUCAUUCCUUCUUCUUCUUAUAUAUAUAUAUAUUUGAUGUCGAAUCAUUUAAAUACCAAAAUAAAAAAUUUUGCUUUAAAA